GCGUGGUCGCGGUGGAGCGUUUUAGUGCGCUGCCGAGCGCCGCUACUCGAAAGUCAGUCGUCGGCGCCGGUGCUCGGCCACCUGGACCAGCACCACGUGUGUGCGAGCGCGAAUAAUUUGUGCAGCCAAAAGGAACUCGUCGAGCCAUGACUUUUGACCUGCGAGUGGUGCCGCCAAGUGCCCGUUGACAUGAGACUCCGCGUCCUCCUCUCUUGGCUUGUCGCUAUGGUGAGUGCAGUACACGUGAUGCAAGGAGCAGAUGCCGGCCAUGGAAAGGACAAGCAGAUUUUCACCUUGGGUUACAUCACCGGUUCUCGCAGACGUCCCUGGGACAAGGAGUAUCCCCGCCCGGGGCUCCAGAUUUCAGGCGCCAUCAGCCUCGCUUUGGCAGAACUCAACGCUUCUCCUACACAAGGUGUGGAUCAGGGCGGUUUGUUGGCCAGACGGGGUAUCCAUCUGCAGCUUAGAGUGGCCGAGACGUACGGCGAGGAGCAGACAAGCAUCCUGCGGACAGCAGCCCUCUGGUCGCAGAACGUGACCGCCUUCAUCGGCCCCCAGGAAAGCUGCUUGCACGAGGCCAGGAUGGCGGCCGCUUUCAACCUGCCCAUGAUUUCUUACUACUGUACGGACCAUCAGACGUCGGAUAAGCGGCUGUUCGCCACUUUCGCGCGCACCCGGCCGCCCGACACCCACAUCUCCAAGUCGGUAGUCGCCGUGCUGAAGGCCUUCAAUUGGACCACGGUGAGCGUCCUGCAUUUAGCGACUGAUGACACUCAGUUCAGCAGAAUUGCUGACACUUUAGAAGCAGAAUUUAGAAUGGCGGCCAUCAAAGUUUCAUCUAGACUGAGCUGGAACACCCCCUACCACCACGGGUACUCCGACAACCCGUUUCAUCAGAUGGUUUUGGACACGUAUAAAGACGCGAGAAUAUAUGUAAUUGUCGGAUACCAUUACGAGUCGCUCGGAUUACUGAUUGCGCUUCAAGAUCUCGGUCUCUUUAAGGAAGGCGAAUAUUUCGUGCUAGGAGUGGACAUCGAGCACUACGACAACGACCGGCCCGAAAAAUACACCAGAGGCCUUCUAAAUGAAGAACAAGAUCCAAAGAUUGAUAAAGCUUUUAGGAAUUUCAUCGGUGUGGUAGCGAGCUCGCCGGCAUCUCAGCUGACCGACAACUUCACGCAGCUGGUGAACCACUACAUGGAGAAGCCGCCGUUUUCUUUUCCCAACCCCUUGACUUAUCUCGGCGGGGUGAAAAAAUUGCGGCCAGAAGCAGCCUAUUUGUAUGACGCCGUGCAGUUGUACGCGAAGGCGCUGUGCGACGUUCUGGACGGCGGCGGCGACCCUCGAAAUGGCACCGCCAUCAUCGAAUCCAUCAAGGGCCGCACUUACGUCAGUGCCAUGGGUUAUGUGGGCCGGAUGGACGAGAACGGAGACGCCGAGGGUAAUUACACCCUCUUGACGACGCGACCGCACCACAAAACCCCUGGUGACUUUGGCCUGUACCCAGCGGGGACCUUUCUGCUCAGUGGCGGCGGUUGGCCGGACCUGCAUUUAACAUCAGAGAUAGACUGGCCCUUAGGGAAGCCGCCGUUGGCAGAGCCCGAAUGUGGAUUCCGCGGUGAAAAAUGCAUCUCUCACACACCCGAAAUCCUCUCUGGUCUGAUCGGUGGAGCAGCAAUUGCAGUGAUCGUAAUUGGACUCAUCCUUUAUCGAAACUGGCGUUACGAACAAGAACUGGACAGUCUGCUUUGGAAGUUGGACUACAAUCAAAUUCAAAUGGCCGAGGAGAGCGAUAAGGGCAACAACAACGGCAGCCUCACCCCCAACGGCAACGGAUCUCUGUGCCCCAAAUCCAAGCAGUCCCAGCAGAAUGUGCAUCCGCUUGUGCGCACCUCGCAAGUAUCGCUAAGCUCGAAUCCUGAGGCCGACUUCCGAUACUCAGCGCUCUACACCCCCGUCGGUCUUUACAAGGGUAGGAUGUUUGCGAUAAAGAAAAUCAAUAGACGCCAAGUGGAUAUCACGCGGAAUUUGAAAAAGGAGCUGAAAAUGCUGCGUGACCUGAGGCAUGAUAACUUGAAUGCGUUCAUCGGCGCUUGCACUGAUCCGCCGCACAUCUGUAUUGUCACAGAGUACUGCGCAAGAGGGAGUCUAAAGGACAUCAUUGAAAAUGAGGAUUUGAAAUUGGACAACAUGUUUGUCGCUUCUCUAGUCGGAGAUAUAGUCAGGGGAAUGACGUUUUUACACGACUCCCCAGUUAAGUCACACGGUAACUUGAAGUCAGCAAACUGUCUAGUCGAUAGCAGAUGGGUGCUUAAAAUUUCCGAUUUUGGUCUUCAUGAGCUUAAGCAAGACCCAGCGAUUCCAUCGUGGACGCGGUGCAGGGAUGUUGAUGGUCGAUGGAUUGGGCAAGACUUGACGUAUCGAGCGCCGGAACUGAUCAGGCUGAUGGCGCGGAGGGCAAGUGGCCACCAUUCUUUAUGGCUUGAUGGAGAGUUAGACGAGGGGCCAGGAGUUGCCCUAGUUGCGGCCACCAAGCCGUGGAAACAGCCUCUGUGCAACCCUGAGGAGGACGAGAUUUGCGUCAGGGGCACCCAGAAGGGCGACGUCUAUUCUUUCGCCAUCAUCUUUUACGAAAUGCACGCCAGGCAUGGUGCCUACGACGCGCUUGGUCUUUCCAUGCACGACAUCAUAUCCAGAAUUGUGGCGCAAAAAUCCAUUCCAUUUAGGCCACCUAUAGAUGCUUUAGAGGGAAGCUUUGAUUUUGUUAGGGAGCUAAUACGAGACUGCUGGGUGGAGUCACCAGAACAAAGACCCGAAUUUAAGUCACUGAGGGCAAGACUGAGACCUAUGCGCAAGGGAAUGAAACCAAAUAUUUUUGAUAACAUGAUGGCCAUGAUGGAGAAAUACGCUAACAACCUGGAGGUGCUGGUGGACGAGCGAACAGAUCAACUAGUGGAGGAGAAAAAGAAAACAGAGGCACUUCUGUUUGAAAUGCUACCUCGUUCUGUGGCGGAGCAGCUGCGCAAGGGACACAAAGUGCAGGCCGAGAGUUACGACGCCGUCACGAUUUAUUUCAGUGAUAUAGUCGGCUUCACCAGCAUGUCUGCUGAAAGUACUCCUCUGCAGGUGGUUGAUUUCCUCAACGAUCUGUACACAUGUUUUGACUCCAUAAUUGAAAACUACGAUGUGUACAAAGUAGAGACCAUCGGCGACGCAUACAUGGUGGUCAGCGGACUGCCCAUCAGAAACAAGAAUGCCCACGCAGGUGAAAUUGCAAGCAUGUCUCUCCACUUGCUUGCGGCGGUCAGAAAAUUCUCCAUUCGUCACCGACCUGGCGACACGCUGAAACUCAGAAUUGGAAUCCACAGUGGUCCUGUGUGCGCUGGGGUUGUUGGUCUGAAAAUGCCCAGGUACUGCUUAUUCGGGGACACAGUGAACACUGCCAGCCGCAUGGAGUCAACUGGAUCAGAGCUGAGGAUUCACUGUAGCGCAGAGUGUCGUGCACUGCUUGAAAAAUUAGGUGGAUACGAGCUGUUGGAAAGAGGAGUGGUGCCAAUGAAGGGCAAAGGCGAUAGACUGACCUACUGGCUGGUCAGCGAGGACCCCAUUUUCGCUGCCGAGCGGAGAAGACUGAGAAAAGAGCGCUUCCAAAACUCCUUAGCCCCGCACCACGCCAAUGGGUCGGCCCUUUCCGAUAUUCCUCGCAGUUCUCUUAAGAAAUCACGAAGUCCUGUGAUGCGGAACCAUCAGUUAGCCAGGGCAUCUAGUCUUGAGUCGCCGAAACGUCUGCGAUUCGCGCUCGGCUCACUGGAACGUUGCAGUGAGGGCGAGAGGGUGUGCGAUGCAGGUCGUAAUUCACACGCCAUCAUUCCAGCCAUUCGCCUGCCCCCUGACCAAAUUUCACCUGGAAACCCUAGGAGGAUGAAUUCUGUCUCCCCUGCUUCCACAAUCAGCGCACCAUCGUCUGCUUCCUGUCCUUGCAUUGAGGCUCUCAGACUCAGCCCUGAGAGGCAACCACUAUGCUGGGCACCCUCACCAUAUUCUAGUCUUGCUGCUUCCAGUGUGCCCCUUCUAUUGGGAUGCUUGCCACCUCAGCUGUUGCCCCCAGGCGUGGAGGAACGUGUGUCGGAUCACCCUAGUGACCAAAACGAGCCGCGUCAGGGUGUCCUGCUCAGUUUAACUGCCCCCAGGGAGCCAAAGGCGCCACCUUCAAGAGUCUAGCGGGCACAUUUCAGAGGUAAGGGUCGUCCAAAGUGCCUUCCUUGACUGCGUGUCGGAUCUCAGAAUUUCAAGUCAGCAACCCAACUUUGAUGUUCCCUAGCGUACCUCCACGCACUUAAUUUUAAGUAUUAAAUUAAUGAGUGUGAAAUAAGCAGUGCUGUGUGGUGCUGCUGGACUUAACAUGUAGUGACAUUUUUAAAUAGAGUUUUCGUACAAUGAAUUCAAGCUAUGUCAAAGAGAGGCUAAAUGAUACCUUGAAAACAGAAUCUAACUUAAAUGUAUGUAUCAAUUUCCAUAUUUUUAUGUGCACACUAUACGUAAAAUUAUGAAGGUGUCGAUGCUGACUGUAGCCUCAGUAAUUGUACUUAUUUUUUGAAAGGUUAUAAUUAUAUUCAAACUAUUAGUGUUAAAAUGACGGUUUACUUGUCUCCAAGAAUGAUCAGAUUUUUAAAUUUAUGUACAAUCUUACUGGAGUAAAAUUUAAAUUGUUUGUGAAACAGAUUUUUAAUUUGUCGUAACUGAAAAUUUUAAAUAAACACACAAUCG